GGCGGCGGGCGGGAUAAUGCGGCUGCCCAGCCCGCAGGCACCGCCAGCGGGGCGCCCCCGCCGCCAUGUCCCCCCCGGCCUCGGCGGCCGCCGCCAGCGAGGGAGGCAGCAGCACGCCGGUGCCUCCGGAGGAGGAGGCAGAGGGGGCCAGAGAGGAGCAGCGGCCAGUGAAGCAGUCUCUCAGCAAGUCCCUGUGCCGAGAGUCCCACUGGAAAUGCCUGCUGCUGUCCCUCCUCAUGUAUGGCUGCAUGGGAGCCAUGACCUGGUGCCACGUCACCAAGGUGACCCGGCUGACCUUUGACAGCGCUUACAAGGGCAAGUCCAUGAUGUACCAUGACAGCCCCUGCUCCAACGGCUACGUCUACAUCCCCUUGGCUUUCCUGGUGAUGCUCUACGUGGUGUACCUGGUGGAGUGCUGGCACUGCUACACGCGCAACGAGCUGCAGUACAAAGUGGACGUGGAGAGUGUGCACGAGCGCGUGCAGCGGAUGCAGCAGGCGACCCCCUGCAUCUGGUGGAAGGCCAUCAGCUACCACUACGUCCGCAGGACCCGGCAGGUCACCCGCUACCGCAACGGGGACGCCUACACCACCACCCAGGUGUACCACGAGCGGGUCAACACCCACGUGGCAGAGGCCGAGUUUGAUUAUUCCAACUGUGGAGUCAAGGACAUCUCCAAGGACCUCAUUGACCUGGAGAGCUACCCAGCCACACGGCUCCGCUUCACCAAGUGUUUCAGCUUUGCCAACGUGGAGUCUGAGAACUCCUAUCUGACCCAGCGGGCCCGCUUCUUCACCGAGAACGAGGGCCUAGACGAUUACAUGGAGGCCAGGGAGGGGAUGCACCUCAAAAAUGUGGACUUCAAGGAAUACAUGGUGGCCUUUUCUGACCCAGACAACCUGCCUUGGUAUGUAUCUCACUAUGUCUUCUGGGUGGCAGCUCUGCUGACCCUAUCCUGGCCCCUGCGGGUGCUAAAUGAGUACCGCACCUCCUACGUCCAUUACCACGUGGAAAAACUCUUUGGGUUCGAUUACGUGGCGGUGACGCCGGCCGAGGAGCGCUCCUUCUGCCGGAGGAUGCCCCGUGUCAACACGGUGGACAGCACCGAGCUGGAGUGGCACAUCCGCUCCAACCAGCAGCUGGUGCCCAGCUACUCGGAGGCGGUCCUGAUGGACUUGGUGGGGCUCUCCGGCUGCACCAGCUACUCUGCUUGCCGCUACGGGGGCUACCGGCAGAACUGCGAGCGCUGCCACAGGACUAUAAGCAGCUCCUCCAUCUUCUCCCGCAGUGCCCUGAGCAUCUGCAACGGCAGUCCCAGGAUUCCUUUCAGCAGCAGCCGCUUCUCCCUGGGCCGCUUGUACGGCUCGCGCCGCAGCUGCCUCUGGCAGAGCCGGAGCGGCAGCCUGAAUGAGCAGAGCUGCCCCACUGAGCAGACACGCCUCUCCAGCCAGGUGACUGUGGAGGAGGAAGACCCCCCUCCUUACCAGGAUGCCCUCUACUUCCCCGUCCUCAUUGUACACCGCAACGAAGGCUGCCUGAACCACGACCACCGUCACCUCCAUCGCAAUGGGUCCUGCGUGGAGACCUCACUGUGAAAGCGGAAGGCGGUGAGAUCUCAUUGUCCAUUGCCUGGCCCAAGCCGGCACAGGAUAUGGGGAGAGGAGCACAAGGGGGAUAGCCCAGGAGGACAUCAGGAUGGAGUGGACAUGGCAUCCUGCUCCGGCAGCCAGCAAAAGCUUCCCCCGCUGUGGCUCUGACCUCCCAGAGGGGUGGAUGCUGAUGCUCCCCCUGACAUGGCACAGAACUCUAGACCGAUCACCACAUGCAAAAAAAAAAAAAAAAAAAAACCAACCAAACCAACAGCAAAACCAUAAUUCAUGGUAUCAAGACCCAAAGGGGGGGAUAAAAUGACAAGCCUGAUGCAGGGAGGGGGUGGCUUUGGCUCCUAGUCCUGGCUCCAGGCUGGCUCGUGCUCCAAGGAACCAGCAGCCACCAAAAAGCACCCUGCUGCACACCUGCCCACCCUGCUUCCCACACUGGAGCGAGACCCCUCACAGGGUGGAGGAGAGCAGGCCCCUUGGAGCAGGGUGUCGCUGCCUGUGACAGAAGGUCGUGGGUACCCAGGCACGUGGAGCUAAAUGGCAGGUUAGAGCAAAGGCUGAAAGCCACGAAUCCACCUCCUCCCCUUCCCCCUGACCAUUCCCCACCCUCCCCACUUUUUUUUUAGACCAUGCUCUGACUGUUACUUUUUUCUCACUGCUGGGAAUGGCAUUGCCUCCAGAGGAUCCCAUGCUCAGCUCCUUAGGAAGUUUCAGUGUGCCAGCUGUGAGUCAGCAUCCCCUUGGUAAAGUGUUUUCUGUUUGGGCAUGCAGCACCGGGGAAGGAAUGAAUGUGCAAAUCCAGAUGGAGCAGAGAUCUGCAGCGUUACUGAUGUGUUUGCUGGAGGAGGGCUCAGCUGGAAAGAGAAAAUGGGAGGCCCCUGGUGACCUGGGGAAGGGGAAGAGGAUGGCACUGGAACAGACAUCAUGGUAUCAGGUGGCACAUCAAGUGGCUGGGGACCCUUCCUGGCUUUGAAGUGAGUCCUAAUUGGUUCACCCAAGCAUCAAGGAAGUCUCUGGUAGGUUCAGCUGCAGUUCACCUAUUGAUAAUGGAGCAGCAGGUUGGUGCAAGUCUGCACAAGCGAAUUUUGCAUGAGAUCCAGCUGGACUCUGGCUGUGGACUCUGAGCUGCAGGCUCCUGGAAGCCUCAUUUUGGCAGAGAGCGCUGAGGGGAUAGGAGGGACAAAUGCAGAAGCAUGCCGGAGCAUUGGGAACUUUGUCUGGGGAAAGGAGGAUCAAAAGGAUUCUGUUUCUAUGGGACCCCACUGUUGGUGCAGGAGGCACUGCCAAGAGGGAUGCUCUGCAGAACAGAGGCCGAGGAUAUUUUAGAGGAAAACCUGAUUGAAACAAAACGUUUUGCACGACAGAGGUUUUUGCAGAGAGAUGUCAGGCUGUCAGAAGUGAAGUGUCUUCUGUGUAGCUCAUUAGCUACUGGGUUCUUCUGCCUUGCUCUUGUCAGGGCAGGUUGCUCUGGGCUUUGUGCUGCCCCUUCUACCCCACUGGAAAGGGUCUCAGUGACAUUGGGCAGAGCCUUCAUGUCACUGAAGUUGCAACAGUGUUUGCAGCAUGCACACACCCAGCUUUUCCUCCUCCGGCAACACAUCCCCAGAUCUCUUGUGUCUUUGUUCUCAGAAAAGCUGUCUCCUUUUCAGUCAGCUCUUUGGGGAGUGAAUGCCAAAUCAGCCAGAGAUUUCUCCAGACAGCACUACUCCUCAGCUUCACCCCGCUUCCUGCAUCAGCUGUGGCAAACAGAAGCUAAGAGCAGCACAUCUUGGGUGACAAGGGCACGUCCAGUGGCACCUGGGCAUUUGCUGUCUGCCUCCCCAUCUGUCAGAGAAGGGCAAACAGCGAGGCACUGUAUUUAGUCCAGCCAUCUUCCUCCUGCCAGCCAUUAAUGAGGGGUCUGGCUCUCUCAUCGUGCUGCUGUACUGCUUUGCUCCCCAGGUCUUGAGGAGGCUGCAAAUGCACCCAUGUACCACACUGGUCCUAGUUUGAAAGUCAUCUCCUGCUGGCAAGCCUGAUGUGGUCAGCACCUGUGGGCAUUGUAGGGCUCCACUCUUCAUUUCCCCCAGAGCAGUCUGUUCUGUUCUGCUCUGUAUGCCUUGCAUAUCCUUGUUAGUGUCUCUUGCCCUUCAAGUCAUCUUGUCCUCCUGGAUCUCAGGUGCUAAACUACAAAGAAUAGUGGUUUGAACAAGAAGUCUCUUAAAAUCUCACUCUGUUUAUGAUUCUGUCUUAACAUCUGCCCUUACUUUCACUACCAGAGCUAGAUGUUGGCUUAAAGAAGAGGGUCCCUCGGAGGACAGAGAAGCAUAAGGUCUCUGGUGUAGGCACAUCCCUCUCUGCAGUUUGUUCUCAUUAUUUUUGGCAUAGAUUCAGACUGGGCGAAAGCAGCCCUGGGAUUUCCUUGCUUAGUAAUGACAUUUGGCUUGCUGUGCACUCGUGCUUCUCUCUCCAAGGGCCUAAUGUAAGCCAAGGCCAAUGAGGAGUGUUCUCCUGACUCCAGGGAGAUAAUGGUGUGUGCUUGUGUGUCCCAGCACCAGAGACAGUGGAGCUGCAAUGGGUCAUUAGUGAGGAAUGAGGUCCCCGCUUGUCCUUCCUGACAUGUUCUCUUUGAAAUCUGCACUGUUGCUUAAAUUAGGCUGUAAUGGCUCAUCUUUCUAUCUCCAGCCUCCAAGGUGCCUUGGACAGAUGGAUUUUAUCUCAGUCUUGGCAGGCCUUUAGUUCCCUGGGGCAAAGACAGUCUUCACAACAGAGACAGAUUAGCAGGGUCUCUAUGCCCCCCAGCUUUUAGCACAUGCAGCAGAAUUUCAGGCACCGUGUCCUUGGCUCUUUCUGGGGCUUUCCAUGAGAAUGCCUGGCCUUGUUCCUCUGGCCCCAUUUUCACCUGUGAAAUCUUAUUCUGGAAGUGGUCUAUCCAGGUGGAUCUUUGAGGCAUAGCUGCUGUUCUGACCCACAGGAUCCAUACAGUCUUCCUGUUACUGAACACCUUCCCCAUGUACCUGGUGCCAGCUGCAGCCAGGUCCCAGCUGCAGGCCCAGUGCUACUGUCUGUGGCUGGUCCAGACCCACAGUACCAUGACCUCUCUAGUCAGUGUUCCCCACUGCAUGCCAGGAUUUCUCAGAGAUCUCAUCCCUCAUAUUCUUGGUGCUACCCAAGGGCACCUGGCAGAACUGCCUCCCAGUCCAUUCCAUUCCAUUUUUUCAAGGGUGAAGACAUGACUCAGGCUCAGGAAAGGGAGAUGGUGCACUUGGACAUGGUAGGGGAGCAGGACUGGGCAGCAGGAACAGGAGCUGCCUGGUGGCUUGACAGAGAAGUGGUGGAGCUGAAGAGAAGAAACUGAAACUAGGGCUCAUCCUGGCAUGUCUAGUCAGGCAGGAAAGUUCAAAGCAGAAAACUGGGCUCUCCCUCCUGUCUCCUGGCAUGGGACACUACCAGCAAAGAGGGUUUCCACCUAAGUGUUGGUGAGAGAACGCAGUGCCCUGGGCCAAGGGCAGCUGCUGUAAUUCUCCGUAUGGCUCAGGUUACGAGUGCAGAUACCCAGAGAUGGCCUGUCCCUGUUCUGGCACAUGGCCUCUCCGUGGUCUAGUGGUCCCAUCUCCUGGCACAUACACACCACCCACCACAGCUCUGGGCUAUGCAGCAGUCAGGUGCCUGCUCUUCUGGAGACUUGUGUCUGCUCUCUGCCGUAUCCGCGUUGGUGAUGACGGUUCCUUUGGCAGGUCAUUCGAGGGCUCAGUCUGCUCCUCUCAGGAUAGCCUUCUCCCUUACAUCUAACCUGAGUUCUCCCUGCUGUACCUUAAUCCCAUUACUUCUCCUUCAUUGACUGGUGAGUCUAAUUGGCUCUGUUCCUUUUUCUCAUGGCCUUCCUGACACAAGCAGGCCUCUUAUCUGUAGCCUUCUCUUCACCAAGCCCAGAGUCUUGAUCUCACUUGCCAGACCCUGGCUUGAGUGGUGGUGCAGAAGUUUUCACUGUGUAGUGAGUAUGUCACUCCUGCUCUGAGCCUGGCCCGGGCAGGAGGGCCAAAGGUGCAAGCAAUGCCUUGGUCUGUCAGGGUGGCUGUGUCCUCAUUCCUGGUGCAGAAGAUCUCUUGGAAGUGAAGGGAGCUCACAGAGCUGCUGGCCACUUACACAAGGAAAGCAGGACAGCACACAUCACCCUCUGGGAAGGUCAGAGCUGGGUGCUUGUCAGUAUGAUGGGACAAUAAUUAGGAGGAUCUCUGCAGUCAGAUGGCUUUGUUUUUGUCCAUACAUCAUUCUCACAUUGCCGUUUUCCAUGGGCUGAGAUUCAGGCUCAGCAUUGCACUUAGCAGCAGACCUUCCUCAUAGGAGGGAGGCAAGAAUGCUACCAGCUCCUCUUUGUGGCCCUUCAUGGUGCUAAUGCAGCCCAGAAGAGGGAUAGUCCUUACUGCUUCAAGGCUGGAGAGUUGGUUUGGGCUAUUUGGUGUUUCCCACUCUUCAAUAUACUUGUCAGGUACUUAAAAGCUCUCCAGCUUUUCUGAACUAGAGAAAAAGAGAGAGGGACAGAGAAGUGUGUGAGAAGCUCUGGAUUACCUGAUCAUCAAGACACAUCACCACCUAUUUAUCUUUCAAUACAGUGGAAGCUUCCCAAAUAGUGCCUAGCACCUUGCUUGUGCAGAACCAGUUGAUGACACCAACCAGCCCAGUGGUACUUCUUUGAGCCCUCUGUGUGUCAUGUCUCAAUCCACACCAAGGAGGGAGGUUUCAGAGAGGGCUGUCAGGGUGAGCAGCUGUAGGGGCAUUCUUUAGGAUGGUGAGAGGGAAUCUGAGCCUAUGGCCAAGGCCAGGCCUUCCAGGCAAAUACAGUAUUAAGGCUAGGGAAGCUGCUGUUCAUCUAUUGUCAAACAAAUGCAACCCCCUUCCUUUCUGCUCCCCCUAAAAUACACAUUAGAAAUCCAGCUGGUCCCUGCCAUCUUUGCUAUUUCUUCACUCAAGAGGCUGCAGAGUCAUUUAAUAAGUGAUGGAUGCCCUCCAUGGGGUGAGAACUGCAGGAAAAUAUUUAUGAAGUGGAAGUUUAAGAAAGAUAGUAAAUGCCAGUAAAACACCACCUGCUUAUUAGCAGGUGGGACAAAUAAUGCCUUUUAAGCUCUCCUUCCAGCCUUUCCAACCUCGGCUUCAGUACUGCUGUCUAAUGUCACCAGGGUGCUGCCUUUAGCAGGGGACAGACUUUGCUGCAGUGUGCUCCCACUCUGCUGCAGUCGCUGUAGGGGCUGGGUCUGAAGUGCCACACCAGCACCAAGAUGUUGUGUUACCAAAGCUCUGUAAGUCUCAAGUUGGCAUAUGUCCUUCUGAUCAUGUUUCAUUCAUAUUCAGUGGUUAGAAUAAAGUCUGUAGGAAUAUGAUCUGGAUCCAGGUAAUGUCAGGAAUGAAACAGUUUCAGUGAUAGCUCUAUCCGGUGCUGCUGCUUCCUGUGAUGCACUUGGGCCUACACUCUCCACUGAGACAGGUAUGCAUGGGGACCAGAGGCUGGUUCAUAGGACCUGGGACCCCAGUGGGGACUUGGGGCUGAGCCUGCCUAGGGCUGUUUUCCCAGUGGGCAUUCUGGAAAAAGUGGAAAGGGGUCAUAGUCACUCUUCAGGUAGAAACUAAUGGGCUAUAUUCAUUCCUAGGGUAAUUUUACUGAAGCCAGUGGUACUAUACUAAUGUGAGGUUGGCUUAGCAGCUCCUCAGAGGGGUCUGUCCCCGAGUCCAGAAAAAUUGAUCUGUCACAGUGCUGCUUUGAUGCAUAGAUUUUUUUGUUGGGACUUGGCCAACAUGAAUGAAUGUUGAAUGUCUGUAGUUUCUACAAGCAGUGGGUUGAAUUGUUCUGCUCUACUGCCUCACAGCUGCUCUGCCAAGGGGAACAUUAUGGAUGUGAUCUCGUCAACUCCCUCAAAAGCAAGCUAACAAGCAAAUUGACCUCCACAGCACCGGGAGAGGAGCUUUCUCCCAUGGGACCGUAGCCUUUCUGCCUCUGAGCUAAGAGGUCCCAAGGACAGAACUGAACCUGCAAGACCCAUGGCCUCGUGGCCUGCCCUUCCUCCUUCCCUCCUUACCUCAUGUCUGUCUUGGGGGAGGGACAGUUUCCCUGUGGAGUUCAACAGGCUCCUCUUCCUGCAGCUCGUGAACAGGCUCUACCAACAGGUAUAUCAUCCACCUAUGCAACUCUUCCAGAAGCUGCCAGAUUUUCAGGAGCCCAUUACAGUGUGCAGCAUGGCCAUCCAGCACUGAGAUUAAGCACAGCGGCUGCUGGAAAGCUAAGUGGGUUUUAUUCCUCCCCCAUUCCCCAGGAGGACUCUUUUUGUUGGGCCAUUUUGUUCGUUCGUUCGUUUGUUUGGUUUUUGUAAACUUCAUUUGGGGGAAAUGAAGCUCGUGAGAAAUUGGUGCCCAUCCUGAACCCUCCCCAGUCCUUUGAACUCUGUGAAUGGAUGGAUCACCUACUGUGAUUAUAAUUUAGUGGAUUUUGUAGAACAAAAUAACUUCACACACAGA